AUGGCUGCUGUUCCUGGUCCCGUCUAUGGCCUUGAGGUCCCGGCCGGGGAGAUCUUGAUCCCGGCCAACUUGGAAUUCCCUGCUUCUUUCCGUAUCACCAUGGCCGCUUUGGACCCUACUGAGGAGCUCGAGGCUGAUGGUUCCAAGAACGCCCCCGUCCCUCGGUCAACUCUGCGUCUGGUCAAGCGCGCUUUCUCCAGCUACAACGACGACGACUACGAGGAGGACGAGGACGAUGAGCUUAGCGAGGAAUACAUGAGCGCUCUUCUUGGAGGCUCUGACGAUGAGGAUGACGAGGCCAAUGGUGGCCCUAGCGACCUCUCCAAGGCUAAGAAGCAGAAGCAGGCUGCUGCCAUCAAGAAGCUUCUGGAGGCCGCCAAUGGCGUCGGCUCUGAUGACGAGGAGAUGGAGGAUGCUGAGGCCAAGCCCAAGAAGGGCAAGAAGGCCGCUCCUAGCAAGGGCAAAGGCAAGGCUGUUGUGGAAGAGGAAGAAGACUCUGAGGAAGAGGAGGAUGACGAGGAGGACGACGACGACAGCGAGGCCGGCGAUCUUGAAAACUUCGUUGUCUGCACUCUCGAUACUGAGCGGGUAAGCUUGAUCGAUUAUGAGAGCCCCAUCACUCGUCUGUUCUGGGGCGAUAACUACCAGCAGCCUCUGGAUAUUACUGUUAACCAAGGCGAGAAGGUUUUCUUCGUUGUCUCAGGCACACACACUGUUUACCUCACUGGUAACUACAUCAUGGACGAUAUGGAGGGAGAUGAAGAUGAGGAUGAAGAUGACUACGACCUGUCUCCUGACGAGCUGGACUAUGGCCUGGGUGAGGAGGAGAGCGAAGAGGAGAGCGACGACCUCGACGACCUUGAGGAUCCUCGUGUCACCGAGGUCGACUCCGACGAGGAAGUCCCCAAGUUGGUUCCUACCGACAGCAAGAAGGGCAAGAACAAGCGUUCUGCCGAAGAAGCCGAGGGCCUUGACGAGCUGAUCUCCAAGGCCUCCGAGUCAAAGCUUUCCAAGAAGCAGCAGAAGAAGCUCAAGAACAACAAGGGCGAGGCUGUUGCCACCGAGGAGAAGGAUGAGGCCAAAAAGGACGCCAAAAAGGUCCAAUUCGCCAAGAACCUCGAGCAGGGCCCCACUGGAUCAACCAAGCCGGCCGGCAAGUCUUCUCUCGGUGUCAAGAAUGUCCAGGGCGUUACCAUUGAUGACCGCACAAUCGGCAAGGGCCGCACUGUCAAGAACGGCGACACCGUUGGUGUCCGCUACAUUGGAAAGCUCCAGAACGGACAGCAGUUUGAUGCCAACAAGAAGGGCAAGCCCUUCUCCUUCAAGAUCGGCAGAGGCCAAGUCAUUAAGGGCUGGGACGUCGGUAUUGUCGGCAUGGCUAUCGGCGGUGAACGACGACUGACCAUCCCUGCUCACCUGGCUUACGGCUCUAAGAGCUUGCCUGGCAUCCCUGCCAACAGCCAGCUGACUUUCGACGUCAAGCUCCUUGAGAUCAAAUAA